CUUCGUGUCCACCGACUAACAACCUCAGAAGUAGAAACGGCCAUUAAGAAACAAAAGAGAAGACUUGUCGGGAUUCAGUUGAGCAUCGCACCAUAAGGAAAGUGAAAGAGAAUGGCAUCGGGUAAAUCACUUUCAGUGUGGAUUUCGAAAAAGGGAGUGAUUUUUGGAUAUGUGUAAUGAACCUGGCCUCUGUUCUGUGCUCCUUCAUUCCCUGAUGUUACUGGGAUAGCCUUCAGCUCUCCGUGAUCGUCUAAUGGAAUGUGAGUGGGACCUGCAAAGGACUCGUCUACCAAUCCGAAGAUAAUUUUUGCCUUGUGCCUGAUGUUGCCAUAUUGGGAAUGAUUGAGAUUAAUUGCAGAUAUGGAAAAAAAGUGAAAAAAAUGUUCAUCUGAGUCAAGUCUGCUGUGAGUAGCAUGGCAGCAACACAUGCAAGAGCCAAGCUGGAAAUAGCUCAUCCUCAUGGGUGUAUAAAAGAGAGGAGUUACAAGCUUCAGCCGAACAGACCGCCAGUCAUCCAAAGCGAGAGAAGAGUCAAGGGCCCACGACUGAGAAGCCAUGGCAGAUGAUUUUAGUCUCCAGGUAAAGAAGAUGGCACUGGCCAUGGGAGCAUCCCUUUCAGACCAAGAUCUUGAACGUCUGCCCAGGGAAAUGCGACGACAAGGAACAUUUAACUACAGUAAGUUUUUUGACUACAUGCAGCAGUUCAAGACUUCAGAAGACAAGGAGGAGUCGAUUAAAAAAGCCUUCCAAAUGUUAGACAAGGACAAAAGCGGUUACAUUGAGUGGAAUGAGAUCAAAUAUAUCCUGUCAACGGUACCCAGCUCCAUCCCUGUUGUGCCCCUGUCAGACGAGGAAGCAGAGGCUGUGCUACAAGCUGCAGACGUAGAUGGUGAUGGAAGGAUUGAUUUUAGAGAGUUCUCUGACCUGGUGAAGAAGGAGAGGAUUGUCAAGAAGUAAGGACAAUUGGGUUGGAAGAAAGUCUUAAAACUGUCCUGGGUGUUGCCAGCCCUUUCCCUUUCCCAAGAAAGCACAACCCUGCACCUCCCCAGAUUGCCUUAUUUUGUCUUAAAUUGCUCAGAUGCUGGGGGUCAGGGACUGGCUUGCUAUAGAAGCAUGUGUAGCAAUUAAUGGACUGAAAAAGGAAGCAGGGAUUAGCCAAAGCAAAUAUGUGCAUCUGUCUAUGAAAUGAUUUGGGGAAAUAUGUUCUUCCUUGGAAUUUUUUAAUAUGCCCAUUGUAAAAUCAUCAAUUCCAUUCUAUGCAGAUUACUUCAAAACAAAGUCAAGAUUCUCUUAUUUCUCACUUCUCUUUUUGGGUGCUUAUAUUCAUAUUUCAGAAUGUUAUCAAAGCCUUCUCCUUUGUCCAUUUCCCCAUUCUGUUGUUUCCUGAAGAUGAACCUGUGAACCUUUCACUGGUCUACAAUUGGCAGAAUGCCACCCAGGUACUACUAAUUCCUGUGGUGUGAGCUACACUAACAAGUAUACAGAACAAGGUUACCCCCAAUGGAGAGGGGAAUCUGUCUUCAUACAGUAAUCUAGAUUUAUAUGCUCAAAGAAGAUUAAGGAUAUCUUAAUAUAAAUCAUUAAUAUUUUAGACGUACACUUUCUUUUACACCACAACAUAGACAGCUACAGAUUUAAAACACUGUAUUGUUUAAGGCUUGCCAAAAAGUUAUCGAGAUUUGUAAAAAAAAAAUUGGCAUUGACAAAUUAAUGACUUAACAUAUGCAAAUUUCACUAAAGUAGAGUUCUCAUAAAUGAUAUGUUUAUGAAUUGUAAGUAAGACUGUUCAGAGAAGGUCCCCUGUUUUGUUGGGGAAAGAGGAAUCCUAGGAGUUUGGCUUUCCAUGAAAUGCAGGAUUUUUUUUUCUCUUUACUGCAGGCAGGCUUUGUAGACUCUGAUGGUUCAGGAACUGGACUGUAAACUACCAGGCUUAGUUCCCUGUGCAAGAGUCCUAACCCGCCACCACUCUAGUUGUAACAAUACAUAUAAACAAUUCCAAGAAACCCUGUACUGUACUUGUAUAGCAUCUUUGACAUAACAUAACAGAGUCCUUUUUGUGUGUGUGCUUUACCUUUCUAAGACAGUAACUCCUGCUUCGAGUCAGUCUUGGAUCUCUACAGCUUUUGAGCCUGGAUAUGAUGAGAAAGCACAGAGAAUCACUGAAAUAAUUUUAGCCAUAUUUGCUUUGCUGAUAAUAUGCAGGCGCCUCUUAAACCCCCAUUUUUAAAAUGCAAGACGUUUUACAUUCCUAUUUGAUAGACUUUUUUUUUUU